AUGCCGAAGAAAGCCAAAAAAAAGAGUUCGGUCAGCUGGACGCUGGCAGCCGACGAGCGGAGCCUACUGACGCAAGACCCUGGCCGGAAGCGAAAUACGAGAAAAGAUCUGAGGGAAACCUUCCGGAACAUAGGCGAAAUUUACUUCCCGACGAUUUGUGAAGCGCUGUCCGUGUUGGAAUCGAUCCAAGCCAAUGCCGGACAGGGACACCACCAAAUGGCCGAAGAUGUCUCACUGGUGCGGGACGAGAUCCGGAAGUUCAUUAGCGAUUCGCUGGACAGGAUGACCUUUCGCAUUGGGAGCAACAUUACACGGGAUAUGGAGACUCUGGAUCCCGUGAUGAGUGACUUCCAUUUCCAUGCGGACAAUGUACUUGCGAUGUAUCUUUGGAGCUUUCGUCCGGUUCCACUCGCACCAGAUUAUAAUCUGCUUAUGAAAGUUAUCAACAUGGUCCCACUGCACCUUGUGGUACACCGUCCCCCAACGCUGGAGUUGAAAGACUGUCUAAUCCGGGGACUGUGGCUGUGGUUCGAUCACUACAGCAAUAUGGACCCGACCCAUACCAUUCCAGUGCUGGCGCCAACUCCUGAGCUACUCGCGGCACAGGAAGCUGAAUGGACCGAGCGGCAAGAAGUGAGACGGAAGCAACUGGCACUGUUGUGGAAGCUACGGGAAGAUUACGAAAGCGAACAACGUCGUAGGCAGGCCGAAGCGGAAGCGCUUGAAGCUCAAAAGGGUGGCCCAAGUGCGGGCAAGGACGCGAAACCCAGUGCAACGAAAGCAAAGCCAGCGGGGAAAAAGGAGAAAGCUUCCAAACAAGCACCGAUCCCGGAAUCGGUUCCAGCGGUGAUUACGGAUGAGACCGAAGUUGACAUUGACGCUGAGUUCGAGAGGCAGGAAAACGAUCGAUUUUGGGACUGCCUCGGCAUUGUAUCGCCCAAAUCGUUACCCCUCCGGCCGGGAUACAUAAACCUGCGGGAGUAUGCCAUCGUCGGUGGCGUGUUCAAGCUGGCACGCUUCGACAAGCUUCCGCAGCCGGUUGAACUAAGGCCCGAUUUCAUCUACACUAACGUUCCGGUCGGUUUGAAGUUGACAGAAAAAGGGUAUCGUGCGUUCGAGGGUGAAGAGUUGAUUAAAAUUGAGCUCCAACUCCCGGCCCACUGUCACUGGUGGGAAGAGCCGACCGUCUGUUGCUAUGAACCGUGGGAGGAGGGUGAGCAGUUCACCCAGCUACCGUCGGAAGUUCAACAGUUUCACUUAAAGUAUGACGAAAUCGAGGCUCAUAAAGCGACACGCUUGUUUGCCGCACCCGAACACCGAUGGUCUCGGGCGCUGGCAAUCGAACCGAAAAUCAUUCAAGACUUUAGCCUGAUAGAUAUUCCGGUGGAGCUAAGACUACACUACCUCAUCCGUGAGCACCUUUUGCCGCGCGUCCCGGAGGGUUAUCGAUUCCGGGCGGAGUUGAAGCGCUUGUACACUAUCCUGACCGAACGAGCCGAACGUCGGAAAGCACGCGACCGUGAGCAGAUGGCACGGGACGGAAUGUUGCAGAAGUACGACCAAUUUCUCACCAAGAGCCAUCAUCAUCACGGGGGUCCUUCGAUAGCGCUGUCGGAAAUGCGCCUCCCAAUCGAUUCCGAUAUUGACAACGAGGAGGAAAAUGACAAGGAAACGAGAGGCUCCGUGCGAAUGUUCGCGCGGGAAGACGAUGCGGAGCGAUUGCAGGAAAUGGAUGAAAAAUUGCAACAAUUUUCAUUGGCACCUUCGGAUGGACCUAGGUACCUGCAUCCUCCCGCUCUGCUGUACCAGCCCCUACACUUCGGCCGCUGCGAUGGUUCUGAGAUUAGCGUUACCGAACAGGAAAUGGAAGCACUCGUGCAGAGAAUGGAAUCACCUAGCGCAAUGCUGGACAAUGAGUCCAAUGAGCGAUUGUGUAAAAUGUUUUCUACUUUUGUGAUGCUUCUCAAUUAUUUGCGGGAAAAGGAGAGGCCACAUUUUCCACCACUCCCAGCCGAAGAGGAUGAAACAGUCGGACAUCUGCCGCCCGCUCAGCCUUCGCAUCCGGACAAACAACGUAAGCGACCUCAAUUUGAGAUACGUACUACGAAAAAGUACCCUCUCGGGUUGGGUGAACGAACGCGAACGCUAUCCGGGACGAGUGAAGCGGCGUUGCCGGGGGAAGAAAAAAAGAAACGUAAACGAAAAAAGUCGCUCGAUAGUGCCAAGGCUCAGCAGGAGCACUUAGCGUUACAGGACGCAAAGAAAGCAUCCGAGACGAGGCCCAGCUCGGUGGAAACUCUGUCGCUGAUCGAGCACGAGCCGGGUCGAUGGUCAACGAUGCCAAUCCGCAGCCAAUCGUACGAUCCGGACAAACGGCUGCUAACUUUCUACACCGAUCGGUUGGGAGUGUAUGGGCUAGCUGCGCGAAAGUACUGCAAUGUCCCAUUCGUGCACUGGGACAUUCGUCGCCACGGUAGGAUUGCCAACCUGACGGCGGCCCUCACACUCUCCAGCAAGGCGCUGCAAAUCGUGUUCUACGUCACCUCGCAGGGCUAUCGGGUAGAGCUGCAGGAGCACGAUAAACGCCAAUCGAAAAAGCCCGACGAUGCUCCACCGAUUGUGUUACACCCCGCCGACGGAGCAUUUUCGCUCGAAGAGCUUGAAAAUUUCCUGCUCCGAAUCAAUGUGCACGUGUUUCCGCAAGUGGAUACCUGUUUUUACGUCUCCGGCAUGGAGCCCGGAUCAAGUCCGAAGCAUCCUUCAAUGGAAACGCACAACUUGCGGUGUUUGGGUGUGUUCUGUCUGACGCACAACUUUCACUCCUGCCUGUGGAACCGGUACGCCAAUCGACGCACUUCACUCGUACUCAGCCGGGAGCUUAUCGAAGGACGGAACGAGCCCGAAUUUGGAACCGUCAUGAUAACGCCACUUAAGUCACAGCACGUCGAAGUGGAGGAGCUGUGUUCGGAUUCGCUGGAGGAGAUCCUGCUGGCGUUCCAUCCAGGUCCGGAGGAGCAAAGUUACAAUGCGGAUUGUUAUGGCCUGCUGAAGGAUGGUCUGGAAGAACCGUCGCGCAAGGUAUUGGCCAAAACGCCGGCCCUGCUACAAUGGAACGUUGGUCAGCUCCUGCAGAAGCUUCGUCUGCUUAGCUACUCGUGAGCCUGCUCACGGCUCAAUUGUAGUCAUUGUGCCCGAACCACAACCCGACAACCCGACGCCCUGUCAUCAGCGUUGUUCGUUGAAUCGAAUGGCCUAUCAUUAAUGUAUUACAAAAUCACGCCAAUUGCAGUCAGCAUGAUGUUCGUACACGCCAUUUCGAAAACCAACCGACUGAGCAUUACAAUUGUGAAUCGCUUUCGCGGCUGUUUCAACCGACCAAAUGGGCUGCAAAGGGCCGAGUGCUUCUUGUAGCUGCUAUAUCGAAACUGGCGUACAAUUCGAAACCACCAACAAAAGCAUUAAUCAUCGUCAUGGCGGCUGUCGGACUCGUUUUCAAUCCAAUUACCAUUGACUUGCCACCAA